AUGAAUAAACUCAACCAUGGUCUAAUGCAGCUCAUGAAAAAGCUUCAGACUUUCGAUUCUAUAAUGGGUGGACCAAGCAAGGGAGGAGAAAAGAAGAAUACUGUUGCUGUUGUUGAUUCAGCUAAGGAUGAAGCUAACCAAGCAUCGUCUUCGAAAGCUGGAGACAAGAGGAAAGAUGGACAAAACAAAACCCCAGCACCGACUGCUACCUUCCCCUACACGCGCCGUCUAGGGAUCUUCAGAGGUCGUCGAAGCUUCGACCACGCGGGCCCAAGCCCUGACACGACACCAGAAGCGAACGAUGACACCGGAGGCCAGCUCUUCUUCUCCUCUUCCCUAUGUGCGGCCAAGCCUUCUUCUUCCCUGCGUGAGACACUUGAUUUUUCUCGUGUUAGGUCAGAACACGAUGUUGCGCUUCUAGAAGAUGCCAGACAAGCUAACAAAUCAGGAGAAAAGAUGAACAGAGAACAUUAUGGAGAUCUCAGAAGGAAAAUUGGAGGAACAUACAAAGAUUUUUUCAAAUCCUACGUUGAAGAUAUUCUAUAUAUAUAUAUGGAUGGGAAAUAUGUGGAAGAAGGGUGGGUGGACAAAACUUGUAAAGUGUGCAAGAAAGAUAGAAGGGGUGAGGCAAGACAAGUUGACAAGCUUGGGAGAUAUGUUCAUGUGGCUUGUUUGGAGAAAUCAAAAUCGGGAAACUUUUCACCAGGGAAAUUACUAUAUUCAACAUUUUAGUACAUUUGAUAUUAUCACCCUGUUUUUU